ACAGGCUCACACCUCAAACCCCGAUUGUCACAAUAACAUGCUUAUGUCGCUGAUGUGAAGUUGAACUUUACAGAAGUAUCAACUUCAACCAAAGAGUAGAAAAGGAAGUAAAGUCGUUUAUCCAGGUGUUGGUUAAAAUGUGAGACACGUAUCUUUUUCCACACCUCAACAACAGGACCAAACAGGAUGGAACCUCACAGACAGAAAAUGCAGGAACCUGAUGAUUUGUCAAGCUGUGAUUUUCUAAGUUUUGCCAAAAGCAAUUUUCAAAAUGAAGAAAUAUGCCAGUUCUCAAGAGUACCUCUUACGUCAUCUCUUUUACACUGCAACAAUAUCGACGACAGGAAGGCGUCCUGUGCAAUUUCUGUCGCCAUAUUGCGAUUCAUGAGGGAUAUGGGAGAACCAAAAUUCGACGAAGAAGACAUUAUGGUUUCAGAAGUAAAAGAGACGCCACAGCCAAUUAACAAAGCCUAUGCAUCAGGAACCACGUUCAAGAGGAAGGUUGUCUCUGAGAAGACCCAACAGAUGUCUUUUACAUCUCACGACAUUCCACCUUUAAUCAUGAUGAAUCGUCCCACAACAAACGUUGAGAAAAUACAGUUUAUCACCAGCUUUGGAAUACGUAGACAGACUUUAAGGGAUGAAAUCUACUGCCAAAUUUGCCGCCAACUAAUAAACAAUGGUUCUCCAACAAGCUAUACCCGAGGAUGGAUUCUAUUGGCCCUUUGUGUUGGCGUUUUCCCGCCUUCGGAUGAGCUGCUGAAUUACCUCAGAAACUUUCUAAAACAAGGCCCCGGUAAAUUUGGAGAAUAUUGCUACUCGAUUCUUCAGAGAACUCUUGAAAUAGGUUCAAGAACACAGCCUUCUACAAUUGUUGAAUUGGAGGCCGUCAAAUCGCAGUCAUCCCUUACUCUGCCAGUAAUAUUCAUGGAUGGAACAAGGAAGGUAUUUGAAGUGGAUCCUGCCACAACUUGCGCUGAACUGUGCCAGCUUAUCAAAGAGGAACUGGGGCUGAAGGACAUCUUUGGAUUUUCCGUUUUCAUUGAAGCAUUGAAUCAGGUUGCCAACUGGGGCUGUGGAAAUGAGAGUGUUUUAGAUGCCGUCUCCUUAGCUGAGCAGUAUGCAUGCUCUAAGACUCUAAAUGAGUCUGGUGCUUGGCACUUAUUCUUUCGAAAAGAUUUAUUUGCACCCACGGAAAAUAUCAGCAUUGACAAAGUGGCCACUAAUCUGAUCUACCAUCAGAUUGUCGGAGGGAUCCGUGCUGAGGAGUACAUCUGUGAGCAACAGGAAAUGAUUAAAAUUGUGGCUAAACGGUACUAUAUAGAGAAUGGUCCCGAAUUACAAGAAAACUUACUCCGUGAGGUUAUCCAAGCUUCUUUUCCGCCAUUUGUACUUGCUAAUAGUUCAGAGGACGAACUUGUCAGUAACGUCAAGUCAGCUUUUUAUGCGAGUUCCCGCGUUCAAGAGAGAUCUAAUAUAGAGGUUGUGCAACAAGACAUCGUACGUUAUGCAGCCAGCAAUUGGUUCAGAGAUUUCUCAAGAAUUUUCGAUGGAUUUGUGUCAUCGGGGCCAAAACUUCCAAAAGUCGCCGUCAAAAUCGCCUUCAAUUCAAAAAGAUUUCAAGUUUUGUCAUCUGAAACUCCUGACAGUCCUCCCUUACUUAUUAUGGGAUACUCUCAAAUCAAGAAAGCGACCAGUCUAAGGAAAGGAAUGUAUCUGGAUCCCGUUUUGGUCCUGAACACAAUUCGUUCCCAGACCUUCUCUUUCAGGAGUGUGCAAGCUGAUACAAUGAAUAACCUCAUCAAUCAUUUCUUGCUAUAUUUUAAAACUCCAAGUUCCGCUGGCGGAGAUGACUAAUUAUCUGACUGGAUUAUAUCACAGCCGAUCGUCACGUCAUUCCGUCUAUGGUUACCAGUUACUGAUCUGCAUCAUGCAGUGCUAUACUCCAUUGUUUGCUGCCGGGAUGUAAUCGGAUAUGGGACAAUUAGCAAGGAAAUGUAUCUAUAUUAUCGCUACGCAAUAAGGUAGAUUCUUAGCGAACGCAUCGCCAUAUUAUUGGAAAACGAAAUUUUAGGAGCUAGACUUUUGUGAUAGUAAACUAAGCAUCUUGAUUUUAUCAAUGGCUGGCACAAUGUAGGAGGACCUUACCGAAGGUGUGCAAUUGUCCUACCUGGGCGUACUGGAGAAAUUAUCUACCACGUCGAGGACGCUGACUCACGUUGUUGCUACAAGAGGAUUUCAUAAGGGGCGGGUUUCUUAGGUUGAAAUCUCUGAAACAAGGAACUGGAGAUAAUUAGAACGUUUUAUCAAACCUGCGAAUGAUAGGCUAUUAAAUAAGAGUAAAUAUGACAGCUAAGUUUAUUUGGGAGUUUCUAUACCUAAAUCAAAUUGUUUGAAGUACUUUUGAAAGCACUUGUAAAAUUUACAAUAGGGAAAAAACUAACUCCGCAUUGAAACAGGUGGAUACGACAAAAUCCUUUAGGAUUGCAACCAGUAAUUAUUGUAAUGCAGCAUAUUUCCUGUUAGAUUUUUCACCGAGAAAAAGAGAUGUAUUUUUUUUAAAAAAGAGAGAUACCAUUCCAUAUCUAUUGAUAUCUCUACACGGGUCCUCUUAUCAUUUAGAUGCCGUUUGAAUCACAAUUCGUCCCACCCUGCUUUGAAAUGUGAGACAAAAUAAUAACAGCAAUUACAUUAAUUCGUUUGUAUUGCUGUAUUACGAUAAGAUGCAAAACAUCUUUGCGAUAUUAUAAUUUCCCAUUAAAGUCAUGUACAUGUAAA